AUGACACAUUCAACGAGCUUUGCCCGUGAAAUGAGGCAAACUACAUCGAGAAGAGCAUCAAUUGCUGAAUAUAUUUGGCAACUUGUCUACCGAAAGUCUUCCUCAACACAAACAGUUCCACUAAGUGUGAAUUAUCAUUUAACUCGUGCGUGCAAUUACCGAUGCAAAUUCUGCUUUCAUACUUCCAUUACCAAUGAUCGUCUUCCGCUGGAAGAAGCUAAGCGCGGUUUACGUUUGUUACAACAAGCUGGUACGAAAAAAAUUAAUUUUUCCGGCGGUGAGCCGUUCUUAAUCGAGCAAGGACGUUACGUCGGCGAGUUGACACGCUUUGCCAAAGAAGAAUGUCAAAUGGCAACAAGUAUUGUUUCCAACGGAAGUUUAAUAUCCGAAAAAUGGUUUGAAAAGUAUUCGCAAUAUUUGGAUAUACUUGCUAUAUCAUGUGAUUCAUUCGACGAUGAUUGUAAUCGUGAAGCUGGAAGAACAAAUGGCCAUCAUUCUCAUUCGCAAGUCGGACAUAUUCAGCGUGUCCGAUAUUUAUGUCAACAGUACAAUGUUAUCUUUAAAAUCAAUUCGGUUAUACACAAGUUAAAUUAUCAAGAGGAUAUGACCGAUGCGAUCGAACGAUUAGAACCUGUGCGAUGGAAAGUUUUUCAAUGUUUAAUGAUCGAUGGAGAGAAUAUGGGCGGAGAAAAUAAUCUACGUGAUGCACGAAAUUUGGUAAUUAGUGAAGAACAAUUUCAAGAGUUCUGUCAACGACAUGAGCAUUUGAAAUGUUUUGUUCCCGAAUCGAAUUUAGCAAUGAGAAAUUCGUAUUUAAUCUUGGAUGAGAAAAUGCGAUUUCUGGAUUGCACAAAAGGCCGCAAGGAUCCAUCACUGUCGAUCCUCGAUGUGGGUGUUGAAGUAGCAUUAGAUCGAAGUGGCUUCGAUGAAGAUAUGUUCUUCAAACGCGGUGGACAAUACAAAUGGACUAAAGAUGUUGUUGAUGUGAAUGAUUGGUAA